AUGGGUAACGUAGAUUGUGUGUACCCUUCGGGAAUGAACGUUGAAAGUGCAAACCGUGUGGAGGUUCCACCGCCUCAGCCAUUUUCGAAGUCUCUAAAGUACUCUUUAAAGGAGACAUUUUUUCCAGAUGAUCCUUUAAGGAGGUUUAAGAACCAAACAGCAUCAAAGAGAUUGGUGAUUGGGCUUCAGUACUUCUUCCCAAUCUUUGAGUGGGGACCACGCUACACCUUUCAGUUCUUGAAAUCUGAUCUUAUAGCUGGCAUCACCAUCGCUAGCUUGGCUAUUCCACAAGGCAUCAGUUAUGCCAAGCUCGCCAACCUCCCUCCAAUUCUUGGACUAUAUUCGAGCUUUAUACCACCGUUGAUUUAUGCCAUGAUGGGUAGUUCAAGGGAUUUGGCAGUGGGGACUGUGGCCGUUGGAUCGCUUCUCAUGGGUUCCAUGUUGAGUAAUGAGGUUAAUCCCAACGAAAACCCAAAGCUUUUCCUCCACCUUGCUUUCACUGCAACAUUCUUUGCUGGAGUUUUGCAAGCUGCAUUGGGUCUGUUUAGGUUAGGUUUUAUCGUGGAUUUUUUGUCACAUGCAACCAUAGUAGGGUUCAUGGGAGGAGCAGCCACGGUGGUUUGCCUGCAGCAGCUAAAAUCGAUUCUGGGCCUUGAGCAUUUCACACAUGGGGCUGAUCUUGUAUCAGUGAUGCGCUCUGUUUUUAGCCAAACUCAUCAGUGGAGGUGGGAAAGCGCUGUGUUAGGGUGUUGCUUCAUUUUCUUCCUACUUGUCACAAGAUACUUCAGCAAAAAGCAACCAAGGUUUUUUUGGGUGUCAGCAAUGGCACCGUUGACGUCCGUUAUACUGGGAAGUCUGCUGGUUUAUUUCACUCACGCCGAGAAGCACGGCGUUCAAGUGAUAGGAGAAUUGAAGAAGGGGCUAAAUCCACCAUCUCUCACACAUUUGGUAUUUGUGUCGCCUUAUAUGACCACAGCUAUCAAAACAGGCCUUGUCGUUGGCAUUAUAGCACUUGCGGAAGGAAUAGCAGUGGGAAGAAGCUUUGCAAUGUUUAAAAAUUACCAUAUUGAUGGCAACAAAGAGAUGAUAGCUAUUGGAACCAUGAACAUAGUUGGUUCUUUCACCUCUUGCUACCUCACAACAGGGCCAUUUUCGCGUUCAGCCGUGAACUACAAUGCUGGAUGCAAGACUGCGGUGUCAAACAUUGUAAUGUCAAUUGCAGUCAUGUUGACAUUGUUAUUCCUAACACCCUUGUUCCAUUACACUCCCUUGGUGGUGCUAUCAGCCAUAAUUGUAUCAGCAAUGCUUGGCCUUAUAGAUUAUCAAGCUGCCAUCCAUCUGUGGAAGGUUGACAAAUUUGAUUUUGUCGUGUGCAUGAGUGCAUAUAUUGGCGUGGUGUUUGGCAGUGUUGAAAUCGGUUUAGUCAUAGCAGUUGCAAUAUCUGUACUUCGGGUACUUUUAUUUGUUGCAAGGCCAAGGACACAUGUUUUGGGCAACAUUCCAAAUUCUGUUAUAUACAGAAAUGUUGAGCAAUAUCCAAAUGCAAAACAUGUUUCUGGAAUCCUAAUUCUACAGAUUGAUGCACCAAUUUAUUUUGCCAAUGCAAGUUAUUUGAGAGAAAGGAUCACAAGGUGGAUUGAUGAAGAGGAAGACAGAAUUAAAACUGCAGGGGAGACAAGUUUGCAGUAUGUAAUAAUGGAUAUGAGUGCUGUUGGGAACAUUGAUACAAGUGGAAUAAGCAUGCUUGAAGAGGUGAAGAAGAUUGCAGACAGAAGAGGGCUACAACUUGUUUUGGUCAAUCCUGGAAGCGAGGUGAUGAAGAAACUGAACAAAUCCAAGGUCCAAGAACAUAUAGGGCAGAAAUGGAUCUAUCUGACAGUUGAAGAGGCUGUUGGAGCAUGCAACUUCAUGCUCCAUGCUUGCAAACCGAAUCCCAGGAAAGAUGAAUCAGAGGGUUGGAACAAUGUCUGAGCCAUAUAUCAAAGCAUAUUUUAAAGAGCUCACAAAGCUUACUUGUUUUCGUUUCAACCAUUACAAUAUGUGGCAAGAGAGUUUGUGAAUCAUUCCGCAGAUUUUAAGGCAUAGGAAAAUGAAAGAUGCAUGGGUCUUGUAAUUUCUCAACUUCGUAUCCUAAGCUAGAAUAGAAUCUCCUUCGUAGGCUGCUGAAUCAUUAUGUAUCAUGCUUGAUAAUCAAUUCAAAUGUAAAGUAAU